CCUCACCACUCGCCGCCAUCCCCCCGUCCCUUUUUGAACUUCCCCUACCUAUCCUUUUGCAUAAGCCAAACUAGAUCUGGCCUUUGACACCAAGGCUCUGUAUUGCAUUGCAUCAUUUUACAUCACACCUACAAGCCCUCUCUACCUACCUCAAAAACUUAGUGCGGGGCUUCAUCAUGGCGGACCGACAAGCAGUGCAGCAUAGUCUAAACAACCUGCUUUUGAAACUGGACGAUCCCGAUCCAGACAUGAGAUACAUGUCCCUCAAUGAUCUACUCGGUGUUCUGGACAAUCCCCACUCUGCAUAUCUGGCUCAUGACCAGGUCUCCGCGUCAAAGUUGGCUGAGGGUCUCCUUAAGUCGCUGGAUGAUCAACACGGCGACGUUCAGAAUCAAGCGCUAAAAUGUCUCGGUCCCCUCGUCCACCGACUACCCUUUGAGAAUCUCGCCUCUAUCCUCGAAAAACUCACCUCCUUGACAGCCUCCCAAACUAUCGACACAUCCGUCCCCAACACUGCUCUACGAUACAUUGUUACCGCUCUUCCGCGUCCUCAGGCCGGACAACCGCCUAGUCAAGAUGCCAUUUCGGCCUACUCGGCUGUUUCUCGUGUGCUCAUACCCCGUCUGACCGGCCCAAUACCAUCUCCCUCCAGUCGAAGAGGGUCGGUAGUUAAAGGGAUGCUCGAGAAGGAUCCAUCCAAGGGCUUCAGCAGUGAUGCCAUUGAUGUCCUCAUUCAAGUCGUCAGCUGCUUCGGACCACUCUUGAAGGAGUCUGAGCUGACUGCCCUGCAAAACUCCGUCAUGUCUAUCGUCGACAACGACACGGCUGGUACCGUGGUGACGAAGCGCGCGUUGGCCGCCAUCUCAGCUUUGGUCCUUCAUUUCUCCGAUCAUCAGCUCAACCUCUUCGUCAAUGACCUUACCCAAAAGUUCAACUCUCAACCUAGUACGAUUCACAAACGCCACCUUAUCGCCACGGUGGGAAGCAUAGCGAAGAGUGCCCCCGCCAAAUUCGGCCCAUACCUUCCCACGCUCGCCCCAUUCGUGUUCUCGGCUCUUGAUGAGGACGCAGUGGAACCAAUGAGAAGGGUAUGGAAGCAAGGCUGGUCACUUCCUGUGAACCCCGAUGACCACUGCAGCUUCCUUCCUUGUGUUGUCGCUCAAAAUGACCUGAGCAGCUCUGCCACUUGUCUUCUCAACUUCUCUUCCUGCUUCUUCUCAUCAUCCCAGCAUCUUAUACUCCAUAUCACACCCUUACCGUGUUGGAUUACACUGCAUCUUACCUCUCGUAUACACUAUACCAGGUUCGCGUUCGGCACGAUGCGUAUACUCAAGUGGGCCAUCACCGUGUGUGGUCUGACAGCCUGCACGACUGCGCGGAACAUCUUCUCCCUUCAGUCAAACCAUCACCUGUCCCCGAUUGUCCCUCGCCCCAAUGAUGAUAUCAGCAUCCAACCACUUACUGUGCGUGCGGAGGGCCUUCGGUGCGGCGGCGGAGUUGGGAAGUGCCCAGAGAAGCUUUGCUGCUCUAAUGCCGGCUAUUGUGGGAAUACCAAGGACCAUUGCGCCUCUCCCGACUGUCAAAUCGACUACGGGUAUUGUGACGCUCAUAUGACCCCUGGCGGACCCUCCACUGAAGAUAUUCCCCGUCCUCUUGAUGGGGCUGCCCUUUACGGACCUAACAUCAUUCGUUCCUGCACUGUCCCAGGCACUGUCGCUCUCACCUACGAUGACGGGCCCAAGGAGUACACCAAGGAUUUACUCGAUCUUCUUGAUCGAUACGAAGCGAAGGCAACCUUCUUCAUAACCGGCAACAACAACGCCAAGGGUCAGAUUGACAGCCCUGGAAUGCCAUGGGCGCCCCUAAUUCGACAUAUGCACGAUAGCGGUCAUCAGAUUGCCAGUCAUACCUGGUCUCACCAAGAUCUAAGCAAGAUCUCACGGACACAGCGUCGCACUCAGUUGUUGUGGAAUGAAGCCGCUCUGCGGAACAUUCUCGGGUUCUUCCCUACAUACAUGCGUCCUCCUUAUUCCAGCUGCACAGCUGACUCGGGCUGCUUGGCGGACUUAGGAGAGCUUGGCUACCAUAUUAUUCUAUACGACAUUGACACAGAAGACUACAAGCACGACAGCCCGACAGAGAUCCAACGGUCGAAGGACAUCUUUGAUAGUAGUCUCGAUGCGCGGACUGCUUUUGAUCGUCCUUGGCUUGUGAUUGCUCAUGAUGUUCAUGAACAGACCGUUCAUAACCUCACAGAGCACAUGCUGAAGAAGCUCAUCGCGGAGGGGUUCCGAGCAGUGUCGGUGGGCGAGUGCCUGGGAGAUCCUCCCCAGUAUUGGUACCGUCAAGACAACACUGUCGAUGGCCGCAACUCAAUGAAGGAUGCCUUCAAGGUCCAACAAAUCUCAUUCGACGGUAUGUGUGGCGGUAAUGUCACAUGCAAGGGAUCCCGCUUCGGGCCUUGCUGUAGUGGAACUGGGUUCUGUGGUAAUGGGACGACGUUCUGCGGUGAGGGCUGUCUGGUUGCGAACGGCAUUUGCGAUAGCAAGGCGGACGCUGUGGUUGCUGAAGAUGAUCACAUUGACUUUAAGCCGACUACCAAAACCGUUUCGAAGGGCAAACCCGCCAAGUCAGGCGCAAUUCAUACUCUGGUGCCUUCGAGCCUUCUCAUUGAGCUUGUGGUGUCUUUGCUUGCCGUGCUUGUUUGAGAAGGCGGAGCCGACGAGCAGGCCAUACCCGUCUUAUUACGCCUUCGACAUGCUUUGUGCAGGCUGGUUAUCAUGUUUGUGAGUCGUGUAUAUUUUAUUGAGUGAGCCCAUGCUUUGUCAGACGUUUGUAC